AGUAGUUUCACAUUAGCUGGGUGACAUUAACCGACUAGUCGGCAUUAACUGUUCAUUCAACUAAACUAUGAACAUCCGUUCUUGGUGGUUUUGCUUCUCUUGCUAAAAACAUUAGCAGCUGACUCAUUUACCAGAGUCCUGCUGAUAGAAAACGUGAAGUAUCUGUCUCUGCCUCGGUAGUAACGUUAGAUAAUUAACCCGUAUUGAGGCUAACCUGUAUUAGAGAAGGUCUUUUAAACAAAUGAGUCAUUAUACUACAACAACAGCUCACGUUAGCGAAGAACACGUUCAGUUGGUAGUUUUAUGAAUGAGGUUUGGCGUGGUGUUGUCUCACACUGCUGCUCUAUUUCCUGUAAUAUAGUCAAGUCAAGUCAAGUCAAAUUAAUUUCUAUAGCACAUUUAAAACAACAUGAGCUGACCAAAGUGCUUUACAGACAUAUAGGCAGUAUAAAAACAGGUCAACAUUGCAGACAACUAAAUCUCACACAUCCACAGACAGAGACAAAGAUGAAAAUCCAUGAGUAAAAGACUGUUAUAAUGAACAUUAUAAAAGGCCUUUUAGUAAUCACAAUUCAAGUACAUUCAAAAGCCAAAGAAAAGAGUAAGCCAUUACAAUGAGGCUGUGCAUUCUGGACGAGUAUGACCUGGCCAGUGAGUGGGCAGCAAAGUACAUCCGCAACAGUAUCGUCAGGUUCAGUCCCUCCGCUGACAGAUACUUCACUCUGGGUUUACCUACAGGGAGCACUCCCUAUGGUUGCUACCAGAAGUUAAUAGAAUACUACAGAAGUGGAGACAUCUCAUUCAAAUAUGUGAAGACCUUCAACAUGGAUGAGUAUGUGGGUCUACCUCGGGCUCAUCCAGAGAGCUAUCACUCCUACAUGUGGAACAACUUCUUCAAGCACAUCGACAUUGAUCCAGCCAACGCUCACGUCCUGGAUGGAAACGCAGAGGACCUGGAGGCAGAGUGUCAGGCGUACGAGGUGAAGAUCGCAGAGGCUGGAGGAAUCGAGUUGUUCGUAGGAGGUAUUGGCCCUGAUGGUCACAUAGCGUUCAAUGAGCCAGGUUCCAGCCUGGUUUCCAGGACCAGAGUGAAAACCCUGGCUAAGGAUACCAUUGUGGCCAAUGCUCGUUUCUUUGGCAACGACCUCUCCAAGGUUCCCACCAUGGCUCUGACUGUGGGCGUAGGAACUGUCAUGGACGCCAAGGAGGUGAUGAUUCUGAUCACAGGAGCACACAAAGCCUUUGCUCUGUAUAAAGCCAUAGAGGAGGGAGUGAACCACAUGUGGACCGUAUCAGCAUUCCAGCAGCACCCGCGCACCAUCUUUGUCUGUGAUGAAGACGCCACCCUGGAGCUACGAGUCAAAACAGUGAAAUACUUCAAAGGUUUAAUGCACGUUCAUAAUAAACUGGUGGACCCAGUGCUCAGCAUAAAGGACCAGUAAAGGAAGAGAAGUGAAGAUAAGAUGGUCAGAUAUCCCUGCAACCAACACGAAUGGAGCGCCUUAUUACUCUGGUACCUUUUCUUUUCCUGAGCCACCGUUGAGCCAGUGUUUGGGAGACUGUCCUCACUCCAGCCUGAUAUUCAUGCACAUUGAACUGCCUUUGGAUAAUGUUAGAUAAUUAAUGAAAUGUAAAUGAUAUACGGGGAUAUUCCCUCUGACGUUCUUUGUUCAGCAGUUUACAUUUAGAGGGGGAGCACCAGUUGACUUUUUCUAAUAACUGCCGAUGGUCUUGGUUGCCCUUCAUUUUUGCUCGGUAUGAGAACUUUGAAGGUUUAGAUUUAAAGUCAAACAUUUAGUUUGAUGUAUGAAGUGAACCCAGACUGUCUCUGUGAAUGAAACAGUACUUUUCUUUAUGUUAGCUUUUUCAUCAAUGUUUCAUCCCUCAAAUUAGUGAUUGGAAAGAAGAAGCACAUACUGCGUGUUUAUUGGUAAUAUCUAUUAAAGCAAUAAGCAAUUAUGGAACUUACUUAACAUAAAUACAUGUCAUCAAAAGUGACCUUUGACUCUAGUCAAACUGAUGCUUUUGUAUAGUUUUUGCAUUUCUGUAUCCAAGGACUGUGAACACUGUGCUCCUUUCAGCAGCUCCUUGCUUCACUGAUGUCCACGCUACUAGCUGCCCAGCACACAGCAGGAUACUAAACAAGUCAAACACUCCGUUUAAUGUCACAGAAUAAUCUCAGCUCAAGGUCCACUUAUUAGCUUUGUGAGAACUUUUAACUGUAUCCUAGGGUCUUCAUCAGUGAUUGGAGUUUGUGACCUAAAUAUGAAACUUCAGUAACAUGAUAACAGGUGGGUGUUUAUGAGGGAGGUGGUAACCUCCGUGUCCCCAGUGUCAGAUGUGAAGGCCCUCCUUGAUAUUUCUCCAGCUGUCCACUGACUCCUGGUCCAUGACCUUUGACCUCUUCCCCAGUGGAUGCUGUGAGUGGUUCCAGUCUGGUGUUCUCAGACAGCUGAUCAGUCUGUUUGCGAUGUUCAUCCCGUCUCUGAAGACUGUGAGAUUGGGUUGAAAGCUCCAAAAAAAAAGCUAGUUUGUGAAUCUUGGAAUGAGAUUAUUUUGUCACAUCCUGAUCCCAAUGUAAUUUUUUAAGAAAUAUAUAUAUUUCUUUUUUAACAUUUUUUUUUUCAAAUGGGAUUCAAUGACAAUUGAUUAUUUUUCUGCACAUAGUGUAAGCAGCUUCACUGGUACUGUUGUCUAUCCAACCUCUAGACUACUGUCCUGUGCAUGCAAAGUGAUCAGUACUGUUUUAGUGUCAGACUGUGUGAAGUACACCUAGAGGACAUUUUUUACCUCAGUGACUCAAAUUACUGUUAAAGUUCUUGUCAAAUUCAACAGCAUCUGGAUUCAUGAUGCAUCUAUUCAUCAGUUCACUUGUUUUCUUUUACUCACUUUUCCUGUUCAUCAUGCUGUUACAGUUAUGACCUCUAGUCGGUGUUUGUGCACAUGUACUGUAGUUUUUUACUCUUCAUUUUCUAAUGACAGUAAAAAAAUUUGCUAAGA